AUGACAGUCACUUUUGGUGCCGUAGACGAUAUCAUUUCGGUCGUUUUACUCGUGAAAGAUCUGGUAGCAACGCUCGACGAGGCUCGCGGCUCCAAGGCUGAGUACCAGGCUGCCAUACAUCAACUUUGGCUCCUUGACCGCACUCUGCUUGAGAUUGAACUGCUCACUAGACAGCAUGGAGAUGGCGCUACGCCAGAGUUACGAGGCCUAUGCGAGACAGCCAAGCGAGCCGUUGCUAGGUGCCAUGACCAGGUCACGACCUUUUUGCAGCGCAUUCGAAGCUACCAGGGUACUUUCGACCACGGUCAGAAUCCGAAUGCGCUCAGGGAAAUAGGACAUGCGAUUCGUUGGAGAAUUGGGGAGAAGGAAGCACUCGAGCGUUUUCGAGCAGAGCUAGCAGGGACUACAUCGAGCCUUCAGAUACUGAUGGUGACGGCUAAUACCACACUACUUCAGGUUAACCGAAAAGAGAUGAAACACGACCUGGACGAUGUGAAGUGCAGGAACGACAUUACUACUCUCUCGCAUAAUGCAUCCCUCAACGACAUCAAAGACGAACUUAAGAACACUAAUCGCAACAUCGAGGCUGGAAACUCCAUCCUUGGAUGUCUAUCGGAAGCUAUCAAGCUUGAGUGGCUUCGGAACCUUGGUUAUGAGCUCCUAGGAUUGGUGCGAAGUGCUAUGAUGGUCAACUUUGCGACGUACCGUGCGGUCAUACGAAUACAAAAUACACUUCCUAGUCACUUGAAACGAGGACUCAUUGAAGAACCGGUGAUUCUGGAAGAUCCCAUAGGUCGCAUCGCUCCUGUACAUCUACAAUUCAUCACUUCCUGGGAUGCAUUUCACCCUGUACUCGAGUCACGGUUCCAGAACAUGCCAGGAUAUAGAAAAUUGAAACAGCGAAAAUACACAUUGCAAGCUGGAGGUACGGGAAGAGACAUUGAGUUAUCACGGCCAUGGCAACAUGCUUUCCUGCCUGACCAGCGGAUUGAGAUGAGUUUCAUCUUUGAGGACAGGAACGGCGGGACCACAUAUCCUGGAUGCCAAAACCCAUCGGAACAUCCCGUUGAAGCAGAUACACGCUGUUCGAUUUGUGGGCUAUCGUUUCGAAGAAUCCAAGAAGAUAAAGACAUAAGUGAUUCUAGAGAGAUUGUAGCUCCCCUAAAGAAUUUUGAGUCUACUGAUCGCGAGCGCACGAGACCAUCGGACUUUAUAGACGACGAACGAGUGACUAGCUUCAAACGCGUGAGACUGGUGAGGAAGCAGGCGAUAACAUCUGGGACUACAUUACCAUUCGGUGGUUUAAGUUCUGAGCAGAUAAUUGGGUUCGUCCGGGUUCACAAGGUUUCGAUGGAAGCUGGGAACCACGUGGCUCUUGAUAUCAUUUCAGGUGUUCAAAGGAAUGAAUUACCGAACUGGAGUCAGACUAUACCGACAAGGUUCAAACGGCCCAACCGGUCCAACCGGUCCAAACGGUCCAAACCGGUGAUCCUAAACAUCGACAUCCGCAAUGAUUACCACGGUUGA